AUGAUGAAAGUUAUCGCCAAAAACAAACAACAAAAACAAAAAAACAAAAGCUAUGGUCAAUAUUGUUUACAAUUUUGUCGUGAAGGUAUUUGUCGAAAAGGUAGACAUUGUUCAUUUGAACAUGAUCCAUCUAAACGUGGUAUUUGUCAAAGAAUCCUAACACAACAACUUUGUCGAAAACCAAUAUGUCAUUUAUCACAUGAUAAAACACCGGAUAAAAUGCCUGAUUGUAGAUUUUUUCUUCGUGGUAAAUGUACGGCUGAUAAUUGUCAAUAUCGUCAUGUUAAAGUGAAUAAAGAUGCAAAAUUAUGUGAAAAUUUUGCCAGUGGUUUUUGUCUGCAAGGAUUAUCGUGCAAUAAACUGCAUCAAUUUAAAUGUUCAGCAAUUGGACAACGGAAAAAAUGUCCACGUGGUGAUCAAUGUAAUAAUUAUCAUCCACCUAAAAUCGUUCAACAACAACAACAACAACAAAAAUCACCAAAAAAGAAAAAACUACAAAAAGAAUCUAAAUUUAAAAAGAUUAAUAAACCGUUGACAAAUGCAGCGAAUAACACUAAUAAUAAUCAAUCAUUAUCAUCACCGAAACAUAAUCAAUCGAAUGAACUUCCAUUAGAUUUAUCAUCACCGAAUACAAAAAAUCUAUUGAAUCAAAUGUUGACCAAACAAUUUCAGAAAAAUCAUCAUUUGAAUAACUCGAAAAGAAUUGAUGAAUCCAGAUCUUUAGUAAACCACGAUGGUAACGACGACGACGAUGAAGAUGAUAAAUCAAUAAUCAAAAAAAUAAUUGAAAAUUUAUCAUUUAUUCCGUUGACAAAAGAUGGCGAUACUUUUGAUAAUGAUUCAUUAAAAAUUGAUUGGAUUCAAUUGAUUCGUCGAUUUCAUAAUGAUAAUGAUGAUGGCCAAUCAUCAAACAUUGAAAAGCCAAAAUAUUUUACCAUUGAUGAUAGUGAUGAUGAUGAGGAUGAUAAUGGUUUGUUAAAUUUAUCAUUAAAACCACCACCACCAUCAACAACGACAUCGACAACAUCAAUAUUGAUGAAUGAAACAAAUAUUUAUCGUCCAAAGUUGAAAAUUAUACCGGAUUUUUUACAAGAAUGAGGAUUGUGGAUUUCUCUCUUUUUGAAUCUGCCCAAUUUACACAUUCAUUUAUUCUAUUCGUGUGUUUAAAAAAAAUUGUCUUUCUUCUUUUCUCACUUUUGCCUACAUUCAAUUUCAUUUUGAUCAUCAUUAUCAUUGUUGUUGUUGCUGUUGAAAACAAACUGAAAAAAAAACACUUUAAUUGAGCUAAACAGGCUUUCUUAUUUUCGAUUGUCAUCGUUUCGUUUUUCUCUCGUUUUGGACGAUGGAAACUAGCAAAAAAAAC